UGUAUCUUCGAAGGUGAGCAGAGUGAUCAUUUACUUUACUCAGUAAAAUUUAAAGUACUUUUUACUCGACUAUAGUUAAUCGUAUUGUCGGUUAGUUUUCUUAUCAAAAAUCAAAUACUUUUUGAAGUAUAGGUAACAAAUUAAAAAUAUUUGAGAAAAAGAUAUUGACAGCAAAAACAACAUGAUCAAGUUUUUGACGAAGAAUAUAAAUUUGGAAGGAAUUUGCCGCAUAAGAACUUUUGCUGCAAAUCGGUUUCAAAAUUCAAAAACUGUUGGAAAAAACGUUGAUUCAGAAGCGAAAAUAAAUAAAGAAGUAGCAAAAUUUAAAGCUAGGAAAGCUGAAGUUGAAAAAUUUAGAGCGGAAAUAUGGCGAAGGAAUGACAAAAUAUUAUAUUAUGGAGCUUUUACACUUAUUUUGCGGAAACAGGAUGAAAUCAAAGAAAUAAUAGAAGACACAAAUUACGAAGAGGAAUAUAUAAAGAAGAGAUACAGUUCAAAUGGAUAGUUUAAAAUGUAAUGUCUAUUAUUUUAUAAGUACAUACAUAUGAUUCUACUUAGCAAUACAAAUGGUUUGUUUGUUUUUAAAUUGGUUUUACUUAACACGAAAGAAAAUACGUGAACAAAUAUUGAACAUAUUUAAAACCAAAACCAACCAUUUUAGUUGUUAGGAAAAGUAAUUACUUUUACUCUAAAGAUGUGUGAAUUUUUUGGCAGAAUAGCAGAUUAAAUCGUUUAUGCAAUUUUA